AUGGCGAAGGUGGUCGGGGCUCCUGUGGAGAAGAACCUGUGGCAUGAAAUCUGCGCAGGUAGGAGUGCGAGGAGGACGCCCCUCCGGGGAAAUUCGCAGCCGGGCCACGGUUACACACUUAAACACCGCCGGAAUGCUUCACAGCAGCGUUUGUGAAGCGGGCAACGGAGCUGACGUUCCAGAAUUCGAAGCAACCAGCUCUCGCAUAUUAGAGGAUUCAAAAUUGGAUGCAGCAUCUGUGUCUACGGAAGUGUCUCAAUAUGACGCCAGCAAACAUUCCCCUGUCUUUUAUGGUCAGAUGGUAGCAAAGGUUUCAGUGGAUACUUCAUUGUUAGAGCACUUCAAUCCUGAAUAUUCUCAUCCAGCACUUUUAGGUCAUGCAGUUGUUAAGAAACCUCCUCCACCUUUAAGUCCACCCCCUCCUCCACCUGAAUCACCACCUGAUCAAAAAACAUGUUCUCCAAGACAAUAUUUGGAACACUACGUAUUCCCUGUGCUUCUCCCAGGCUUGUUUGAAACCCUUACACAAGCUAAAAAGGAGAAAUGCUUCGAGAGAAAAAGGACUAAGUUCAAUGCUUGCGACUUUCUGGCAGAAUGGUUGUACAACAACAAUCAAAGCAGGUCUGACAAGAAAUUCAUUGCCUUCUUUGAAAUUCCCUUUGUUAAAAAUUGGCUUCAGGAUCAAAACUGCAAUCACCCUGGCUUGAUCCAUACUGGGAACAUUCUGACUUUAAAUCCGAGUGUUAAUGGACGCAGAAGUAGAUCUAAUUUCAAAUACUACAUUUCUGAAGUUCAUAUGUCUAAUGUUCGCUGUGACUCAGAAAUACAAGAGCUACGUCAGUGGCAAAGAGAAUUGAGAGAAGAGAACAGAGGUUAUACCAAAAAGAUCAUUAAAUUUUGGGCUGAACAGGAAUCUAAAGUUGGACAGAAAAUGGACGAAGAGGAAGUUGAAGAGUCAAUGCCUACCCCUGUUGAAGUCCCUAUUAAAGCGCCCACACCAUAUGAGAUACUACUUAAAGUCAGAAAAGCUUGUAAUUAAAUGUCACAUGACUGUUCUUUUCUUAAAAUAGUUUUUUCAUUUCAAAUCAAACAGUUGAGAUCCGACACUACUAUAAUGGUACUUUAAUAGAAUUUUGAAAAUAAAACUUUUGCACAUAAAUUUGCUCAACACGUGACUUGUGUAUAUUCUCACACACACACACACACACACACACACAAAAUCAAGUAUUUGCACAGAUUGAUUGUCUUCAUUAGAUAUCCCUUAAAAUUUACUGUGUAUGCCCAAAGAUUUCAUGAUAUUGACUCGAAAAAAGACACCAGUUUUAAUAGACAUGUCAACAAUUGACCAGUCAUUUUAGUUUUAAAUAAAAUCUGCAGUUGUACCAUAGACAGGCACUGAGAUAAAUACCAGGCUUUGUAGCAUUAUUGUGAAAGAGCAAACUACAAUAAAAACUUGAUUUUUGUGAUCUAUAAAGCUGUAACAGUGAAAAUGUAUUUUUCACCAAGUUUAAAGUUACAGGCAAGUACACUAUACAAACUUAGAUUUACAUUAUACACAAAGAUGAUUUUGUAAUCAGAUGAAUCAAAAGGGAGUUUCACCUUGUAGCUACAAAGUUUUUGGCAUGUUGAUGUUUUACAAAAGUAGGUGGAUUAAUGUAGUAAUUGAGGAAGAAAUUUGGAGAAGCUUAAAAAAAAUCUACAUUUGAGCAAUCUUUUGUCCUGCCUUUCAACUACGAGUAUGGAAUUAACAAAACUCCUUGCAUACAAAGCAUACUAGUGUUUUAAUUAUUAAAACAUUCCUAUCUCACUUGCUUUCAGUAUACAGUACACAUGCACCACAGACUGAAUCUUCAUGGCAAAAGGAAAAUAUUACUGUUUAGUCAUAUAGAGAACAAACUACACUUGAAGCUGUAAAUUGCUAUAUCAAUUUACAUUAUGGCUUUUCUGUUGGAUAAUAUGGAAUGCCCAAAUAAAAAUACCAAUGUUCUUGUUCAAUUAACUCUUCUCCACUAACAACAUACGUUACUGAUGCUGCAGUAAAAUCU